AUGGAAAAUUAUCAUGUUUUACAUUUAAUAGGAGAAGGAUCAUUUGGGAAGGUAUACAAAGGAAGAUGGAAGAAAAGUAAUUAGAUGGCAGCUUUGAAAUUUAUUAGUAAGAGAGGAAAAACUGAAAAAGAUUUAGCAAAUUUAAGAUAGGAAAUUGAAAUAUUGAGAAGAUUGAAGCAUGAAAAUAUAAUUUUAUUAUUAGAUGCAUUUGAAACAUAAGGAGAAUUUUGUUUAGUAACAGAAGUAAUAUAGAUAGUAAUUAUUUAUUAGUUUGCAUAAGGAGAAUUGUAUGAAAUUUUGGAGGAUGAUCAUAAUCUUCCUGAGAGUGAAGUAAGGAAAAUAGCUUAGUAAUUAGUUAGAGCACUUCAUUAUUUACAUUCUAAUAGAAUUAUUCAUAGAGAUAUGAAACCUUAGAAUAUUUUAUUAUCUGCUAAUGGAGUUGUUAAAUUAUGUGAUUUUGGAUUUGCAAGAGCAAUGUCUACAAAUACAUAAGUUUUACAUUCCAUUAAAGGUACUCCUUUAUACAUGGCACCAGAAUUAGUUUAAGAAUAACCUUAUAAUCAUACUGUAGAUUUAUGGUCAUUAGGAGUUAUUUUAUAUGAAUUAUUUGUAGGAUAACCUCCAUUUUAUACUAAUUAAAUUUAUUCACUUAUUUAACUUAUUAUUAAAGAUCCUGUUAAAUAUCCUGAUAAUAUGAGUCCAGAAUUUAAAAGUUUUUUAAAAGGACUUUUAAAUAAAACACCAUCUGAUAGAUUAGGAUGGCCAGAUUUAUUAAAUCAUCCAUUUAUUUAAGAAUCUGAUUAAGAAAAAUCAGAAAGAAAAAAAAGAUUAGAAUAAUAUUGUUAAUGGGCUGGAGUUGAAAAUGAUGGCAUAGAUAAACGUAAAAGAUCAUUAACUCCUACAAGAGAUAUAAUUACUUAUGAUUAAACUAAAGAUACAAGAGAUGUCUCUCCUAGAAGAAUGCCUUGUAAUGAUGAAUAUUGGGUUAAAUGUGAAUCAAUUGCGUAUGAUCUUUAAGGUGCUACUUAAUUAAGAUGUGAUCCUGGAUUCUUAGAUAAACUACUUUAAGUUUUAACUCCACCAAAAAAACCAUCUUUACAUUGUGCAUUGAAAGUCUUUGGAUAAGUUAUUACUAAAGGAAAUUAAUAAGAAGGUUUAGAUGUUGUUAAAAAUUAAUAAAUCCCUAUUUAGUUAGUUACACAUGUCAAAAAUAUUCUCAAAUAAGGUAGUUCUGAACUCUUAUCUGAAUUAAUUAAAACUAUUGGUCUUCUGGCUAAAGCUACUUUUGAUAAAAAUAUUGGUAUUGAUAAUGUCUUUAUUAAAUUCAUUGGAAUGACUGCAUAAAUUUUAAAAAUUGGUUAAAAUAAUGAAUUAAUCAAUACAAUCAAAACUAUAGGAAUAUUUGCUAAUUAAGCUAGUCUUAAUCCAGUUAGAUCUGUUUUAUUUUAUAAAGAAUUAGUAGAGCAUAAUUUACCUUAAGAAACUGCAAAAUUAACUAAAAAUAAUAUUACUCUUCAUAAAUUUGCUACUCAAGUUAUUGGAGUAUUGAUACAUCCUAUUCAUGGAGAAAUAUUUAGUUUCCCUUGGAAAAAAGGAUAUUCAAUUUAAAUACAAAAUUUUAAUGAAGCUUUACCACUAUUUGAAUCAUUAAAAAAUUAAAUCGUUACAGCAUAUGCUGAUAUUGAUCAUAUGAAAAUUUAUAAUGAAUAAGAUGAAUAAUAAAAUCUAACUAGAAUUUCUGUGUUAAGAAUUCUUUUAUAAAUGAUUAGAGUGAGUAAAGAUGUUCAUGUUCCUAAAGAGUUAAUAAGUUAAGCACUUAAUUCAGAUGAAGCUUUAUUUUAAGGAACAGCUUUAUUAAUCUUAGUUCAAUAAUACAAAUAUAAAAAUUAAGAAUAUCAAGUAAAUAUAUAAUAAGUUAUUGAUAUCUUUGAAAAUAAUAUUUAGAGUAAUCCAAUAGUUUCAUUAUCAGCAAUUUAGUUGAUUGCUGAAUUAUUAUAAUAAGAAACUAAUUUUACUAAUUAAUUACUAAAUUAUUUUAGUUAAUAAUUGCCUUAUAAAUUAUUAAGCGAUCUAGUAAAUCCAAAUAAAAAAUAAAAUAGAACAGAAGAAAUUAGAAAAUUAGAAGGAAGUAGUUUUGGAUGUCCCAGUUAUGGAUUUGUUGAUGGAGUAAUUACAUUAUUAUAAAAAUUGCUAUUUAGAUAUAAUAAAGAAUAAAAGAAAUUGACUGAUUUAUUUUAAUUAUUGGAAAAAUAUGAAAUAAAUUAGUUAUUAUUUUAGAUUCUUUUGAAUAUCACAAGUAGAAAUGAUGUAUCUCCAAAAGGAUUUGUUUCUUUAUUAAUUUUAAUUCAUGAUUCAAUUUAUUCAAAUUUUAAAGCAUUAGGAUAAUUAAUAUUUUAAGAUAAUUCAAUUCGAAUUUUAUGUUCAUUUUUAAAAGAGGCACAAUUAUAAAGUAUAUAGGAAUGGCCAAGUUCUAGUGGAGGAGGUAUGGCUUGUGUAAAUGUAAUGAGCAUUUAAAUUAUUCGUAUAUUUAUAUUGGCAUUCCAAGAAUAAAAUUGUGAGAAUGUAUUUAAAGAAUUAAGUAAUUAAGAAAUAGUAGCAUUGUCUUUAAAUUUGAUAAAAUAUUUAUAAAAAGAUCACAUAUCUUUAGUUAUAUCUUUUAUUUCAAGACUAGUAGGAAAUAAUGAAGAAGAUAAGUAGUUUGCAUAAAGUUUUGUUUAAAAUAAUGGGUUAGCAAUAUUAUCAAAGUAUUAAAUAAUGAGUGUUGACUCAAUAAAUAUCUUAUCAUAAUUAGCAAGAAUUAGUAAAGAUUUUUAUCCAAAUAUUCAUUCGAUUAAUUUAUAUAGUGAUUUGAAAUAACAAAUAUAAUCUCCAGAUUCAAAUAUUAGAGCAAAAGUUUGUAAUUUAAUAGGUAAUUUGUGUAGACAUUCUUCAUUCUUUUAUGAGAAUUUACUCAAAUAUGAUUUAAUAAACUUAUGUAUCAAAUGUUGUUAAGAUCCAGAUAAACAUACACGUAAAUUUGCCUGUUUUGCAGUUGGAAAUGCUGGAUUUCAUAGUGAUAGAUUAUAUGAAUAGUUAAGACCAGUGGUACCAAUGCUAGUAGAAUUAUUAAGAGAUUAAGAAGUAUUUAUAUAAUAUUAAUUUAAAGGAAAAAACAAGAGCAAAUGCAGCUGGAGCAUUAGGAAAUUUUGUAAGAAAUUCUAAUGCAUUAACUAAGGAUUUAAUAAAACAUGGUGCUUUACAUUAGUUAUUAGAAUUAGUAAAAACAGAUAAAGGAUCUUAACCAACAAGAAUAUCACUAUUUUCGAUAGGAAAUCUUUGUGCUUAUCCUGAAUGUCGUAAAAAGUUUGAAGAAUUAUAAAUUAGAUAAAUAAUUGAAACAACUUUAGUAAUAAAUAUAUAAUAAUUUUAAAGGUUUAAACAAAAGAUUAAUAAAUAUUAAAAUAUGGUAAAAGAAUAUUAAUAAAAUUGGAUGAGAGUUGA